AUGGAGCCAAUCACCAUUCUCAGUGUUGUCUCAACCACGCUGAGCCUCCUGAACCUCAUCAAGACCAACGUUGCGACUCUAUAUGCCGAUACCAUCGAUUGGCGAGAGUAUACCGUGUGGAAUGAAACGCGUCGAGACCGUCUCAAGGUCGUGUCUAAUCUAUUGCUGAAGUGGCAUCGCCGAUGGAUGAUAUGGACAGACGACACGACACUUGUGGAAAGUUUCUGGAACGAAGAUGGUGCCAAAGCAGUCUUGCGCAGCUUGAAGCUCGUCCAAGAGGCCAUAGCUCUGCUCGACAAGCUUCUGAGAGAGUGUGAGCUCUCUGGCUUGAAUGCGAUCGAGAGGCGCCUUAAGAAGGCAGGCCACAUAGCGAUCAAAUUCGGCGCACGUCUAGACAAGCAGAUGAGCUUGGUAGACACUAGAAUGGCCCUGCUCAAUAGCACUUCUGACUAUCAAUUCUUGGAGAUCAAGGACCGCAGGGAUCCGACCAAUCCUGAUGCUUCUCUCGAGACACUCCGUAUUCAUAACUUGGGCCAUUCACAGCAGCUAGUCGACCUAGCCUGGGACACUUUUCAGACAACAAACGAACUAUACAACUGCUGCGUACGUCGGCCAAUUGUUCUUGAUCUGCAGCUAGAAUUGAAUGUCUUCGGGCCAGACAUUAAGAAGACUGACCGCAUUAGCCCGGAUAAGCUGGCUGCAGCAGGCUCCCCUCCUACUAGCUGGAUUGGGCGUGAGGAGGCAACUGCCCGUUCAGUUGCUGACAGAACCAUUCGUUACACGUUUCUCGUCCGGGAUCCCCCCGAAUCUGAAGCAUGGGUGAGGAUCCGGGUCACAGCAGACAAUGCACUAAAUGCCACCACUUGCAAGCCCACGGUAUUGAGUGCUGUACGAGCGGUCCGAGAGCGGAAUGGGUCAACGUACUUCGGCAUGGAGCUGAACAUUAACAGCGCUAAGGUGCUCGUUCGCGAGGAGUUUGGCAAGAUUCAGGGCACCAUUCCGGAGCCGGAGCCGCUCCGGGUUGUGCUCGGGAGAUCCGCCGACCGACUACCCGAGAUUGUCAGGAUCAAACUCGCUCUGGACCUCACCCAGUUUGGCUUGCUCUUCUUCAAAACCGACUGGAUUCAUACUUUAGACCGGUGUAACGUCCACGGCCUGAAGAUCACAUCCAGCCGCAUGGAGGACCCUGAUGAAGAACUCUACAAGUUCACCUUGAAAUGUCCAAAUCCCGACAAACCAAAGUACAGUGCUGAUCAUCCUAAUGACCCUCCGUGCUGGUGCACUAUUCGAGAUGGAACAUACGAUUAUGUCUCAGGCGCUCUGAAAGAUUACCCGCUCUUCUUCUUAGGACUCAUGCUCAUCGAGCUUGUGCUGGGAACUCCGAUAAAUGAAGUCCGACUUCCUGGAAACGUCGCGUGGGUGAACAGCACUACUAUCACAUACGUCGACGAGGGCAUUGCCCACAGGCCACUAAAGAGCAGGACGAUACAGGAGUUACAAGGUAUCUUGAACGGGUCAGGAGAAGGCUUUUACAAAGCCGUCAAGUUCUGUAUUGAAAGUGAUUGGACGAAAGACACUGUGCCAAGGGAAAAAAUGCAAAAAGAUUUCUUUUUUGAUGUUAUUUGUCCGUGA